UACACUUUUAAUUAAAAUUACAUAUCAAAUAUUCCCAAUGGCAUCAUCCAUGACCAUGACCACCUCGUUCUUUGGUGGCGUUGUCGCCACGAAGCCAGCCACAGCCACCACCCGUCGCAGCCAGCUGGCGGUGAGGGCCUCGAUGGACUUGGAGAAGGUGGUGGCAGUGGCUGCUGAGACCACCAACACGAGACGGGGCCUCGUGUUGGCUGGGAUGGCCGCAGUAGCAGCAUCAUCCGUUGCAAAAGCUGCGACGGCUGACACGAAAACCGGCGGGUAUACGCCGGUAAAGGAUCCAAGUGCACCGGAGUAUUUAAUACUGGCGACAUUCGCGGUGUCGGAACAAAACAAACGGAUUAAUGAGUCCUUGACUUUGGAGUCAGUGUCAAAGGUUGAGACGCAGGUGGUGUCUGGUGUGAAUUACAAGCUGUUUAUCAAAGCCAGGGAUGAACGCCGCAAAUCCACCACCUACGAGGCCGUUGUUUUCUCCCAGGCAGCGCCGACAUCCCUACAGCUCACUUCCUUCAUAUAAUGUACCUCCCCUAUAAUGCUCAAGUGUAUCAGUUAUUCAAGUGUGUCAAAAAAACUAUCUCCACUGUUUAGUACUUUUCCUAGCUUCUAUGUAAGACCUUUUAUUGUAAUUUAAUUUGGAGAUACUUUUUUUGUUGA